AUGGUGCAUUGUGGUAAUGGAAUCAAGAGUGUUAGCAACCUUUUCUAUAAAUGCAUGAGCAAGUGUGACUCCGAGGAAGAGUUCAAAGAGACUUGGUCCCUAAUGAUUCAACAAGGAAAUCUACACUAUAACGUGUGGUUAGAUGAUUUGUACAAUAUAAGAUAUAGGUGGUCUACAGCCUUCAACAAAGCUAUAUUUGGAAUGGAGAUCCUAUCAACACAAAGAAGCGAGUCCACAAAUAAUAUAUGUCAUGGUGUAUGCAAGCCUACAAGCUCCCUCACUGAAUGUUUUCUGGGCCUUGAAAAUGUUAUGAAAUCAUGGAGAAGAAAUGAGAAGGAUGCAGACUUCAAAAGAUCUCAGUUUGUUACUACACUUGUGGUUAAAAGCAGUCCAGUGUUGAGGCAAGCUACUUUAUUAUAUACAAGGAAGCUCUACUCAAUGUUUGAGGGAGAGUUAUUGCAUGGUCCAUGUGGACUAGCCGUCGAAGUUUUCGUAGAAAGUGAUUCUGAAUAUUACGUAAGGAAUUUGGAUAAUCAGGAUAAACAAACCCUGGAUUGUUAA